CUCUCAAAACCCACUCUCCUUCUCAAUACCACGUGUUUUACCCCCUAACUCACACUGAUCGUGACACAUUCGCCGAUCAACUGACUCACUUCCGUCAAGCUCACCAUACCUCUCUCCUCUCCUCAUUCACUCCACAAGACAGGUAGGAGGGGUAGUAUCACGAUGACCUCCCCUCUACGGCGCAUGGCUACCGUCAGGGAGGACAUUGAGAGUCAGGCCGUGACGCUGGCUCCCAGCGACGAGUUCGCAGACUAUGAGCCACCUCGCGCCAUCAAGCAUGAGGUGGAGCAGCAAACACGAGGACGGCCGGGUGCUCCUCCGCCGGGUCAGACGGCUCUGAAAGCACCUGCCAAGGGAGAGAAGGCAACGUCGUCGUCUCGACUCAAAACUCUCAUCCGUCAUACUGUUCUCAAUUUCACUCCGUCGUGGUUCUCGGUGAAUAUGGGGACGGGAAUCGUCUCUAUCCUACUAUGGAGCUUACCGUAUCAGUUCAAUGGUCUUCGGACAAUAUCAAACAUCAUCUUCGUCCUCAACAUAGUUCUCUUCAUCCUCUUCGUCUCUCUCAGCCUGGCGCGUUACAUCGUCUGGCCCAAGCUCUUUAAGCUCAUGCUCUUCCAUCCUUCUCAAUCCCUCUUCCUCGGCACAUUCGCAAUGGGCUUCACAACAAUUGUGAACAUGUGCGCUCUCAGCGCAGCCCCAGCUUGGGGCCACGGCUUCGUCAUCUUCACUUGGACGCUAUGGUGGAUCGAGGCAGCAGUGUCAAUCUUGAUCUGCAUAGGACUGCCCUUUCUGCAGUUCACCAGACACAAGCAAAAGCUCGAUGGAAUCACAGCUGUAUGGCUGCUGCCUGUCGUCUCUACAAUCGUCGCCGGAAGCAGCGGCGGUAUUGUUGCAGAGAUCCUCUCUCCUUCACAGGCGCGUCUGACACUGACCGUUUCUUGGAUCAUGUUGGGCACCGGCCUGCCCAUGGCUUUCAUUCUAAUGGCUCUCUACUAUCUGAGACUUGCCAUAUACAAACUCCCCCCUUCGGCGCUGAUCAUUUCUGGCUUUCUUCCCUUGGGACCAUGCGGUCAAGGCGCCUUUGGGCUGAUGAAGCUCUCUUCUGUCCUUUGGAAGCUGAGCAAGAUCACCGGUCAGUCCCUCGCUGGGCAGAGCGCAGCGACGGUAGCCGACGCAGAUGUGAUGGCAACGAGCAUCUAUGCCGUAUCGGUCAUUGCCGCUCUAGUCCUCUGGGGCCUUGGUCUCGUCUGGCUAGUCCUGGCCGUGAGCUUAUUCAUCGACCUCUGGUGGGUCUCCGAGCUCAAGUUCAACCUAGGCUGGUGGGGCCUCACCUUUCCCCUAGGCGUCUUUGCCAGCGCCACUCUGCAACUCGGUCUCGAGCUAGACUCUGGCGCCUUUCGUAUCAUCGGUACCAUCCUCAGCCUCAUCGUUGUCCUCCUUUGGAUGGCAGUAAGCGCAAUGACCCUCGCAAAAGUCUGCAAGGGGGAGCUCUUUCAUUCUCCCUGCUUGGCGGAACACAUGGGAUCACUCAAGGAGAAGAUGCCCGAUGCCAGACUCUACACAUAUGAACCGAGACAAUCACCGAGAUUGCCACUGAGGUCGCUCUCGCGGUCCCGAUCGAGGACAGUCUCUAGAUCGAGGGGACCACGCGGUAGAAGGGGCAGAUCAGUAGAGUAGGGUAGCAAAGGGCGUCAGUGUAACAACAGCAUCUCUUGUAGAUUACUUAUCCAUCGGAACGUCUUGUACAUCACCUAAAUUAAUGUAACAUCGCUUCGCAAAAGCCCUCUGGGUUCUCGC